AUGAGUUAAGAAGUAUACGAUAUUAUAGUUUUAGGUUUGGGAGCUAUGGGCUCUGCAUCUUUUUAUCAAGCAGCUAAACAAGGUAAAAAAGUUCUAGGUAUAGAAUAGUUUGAAGCAGCACACAAUAAAGGUUCUUCUCAUGGAGAAACUAGAAUUAUUCGUGAAGCAUAUCAUGAGGGAUCAUUUUAUGUUCCAAUGUCAUAAAAAUCAGCUAAAUUAUUUUAAGAACUAGAAAAGGAAACUGGUUAAAAAUUAUAUGAAAAAAUUGGAUGCCUCAUGGUUGGUACACCAGAUUCAUAGACCAUUUUAGACUCAAAACUGAGUGCUGAUAAAUAUAAUUUACCAUACAAAAUGUAUAAUAGCAAGACUAUUAAAGAAAGAGUUCCAGCAUGGAAUAUCCCUGAAGGGUUUAUAGCCUUGUAUGAUGAAACUGCAGGCUUAGUCUAUCCUGAAAGAAUAAUAAAUGCACAUAUAGAUGUCGCUCUUAAAAAGAAUCCAUAAGCUAGGGCAUUGUUUGGUACUAAAGCUUUAUCAAAAAAAGUUAGAAAAGAAGAUGGAUUAAUAGAAGUAAAUACAAGCAAGGGUUUAUUUGUUUCAAAGUAGCUUAUAAUUAGUGCAGGCUUAUGGGGAAAUGAUUUCCUUAAAGAGUUGAAUCUUCCUCUAAUCAUCUAAAAGCAGUCAGUAGCAUGGUUCGAAAAUGAUGACUCUGAUAAAAAGUUAGGAUAACUUCCUUGUUAUUUAGUAGAAUAUGAAAAAGAUAAGCAAGUUUAUGGAUUUCCUAAUGCAUUAAAUACAGGAGUAAAAGUAGGACUACACAAAGAAGGCCCAACCUUUAAAAUUUCAGAUGAAAUUAAUUAUGAUUAAGACCCUGCCUUUUAUGAUAGAAUAAGACAAAAAAUAUCACCCUUUAUCCCUUCUAUUUCUCAGAGUAAAAUAGCUAAAUAAGCAGUCUGCUUUUAUACUCUCACUCCUGAUGGUCAUUUUAUUAUUGAUUUCCAUCCACAAAACGAUAACAUAGUUAUCCUAAGUCCAUGCAGCGGACAUGGAUUUAAGUUUUGUUCUGUAAUUGGUCAAAUGGCAGUUGAACUACUUUUAACUAAGUCUAAUCCAUACACUUACUUCAAAAUUUCAAGAUUUAAUCCUACUUAAAAGCUCUGA